UGUAGUGUUUUAGAGCGUUUGUCAAAUUUAUAAAACUUUUAUGAAAGUGAAGUCCUUUUUCCAAUUAUGUCAAUUUUUAAUGAAUUGCUCCCCAAAAUCUGUGAAAUAUCGAAUGCUUUUACAAAAAACUUUAAUGAUGAUCUUAAGGCCGCGUUCCUGUGUUUUGAUAAGUUUGAAGAAGAAUUUCAAAAUGGCAAAAGCAGAACGCGGGACAAGACUCAAAAAGAUAAAAGCGCUUUAACAACCCUUCAGAGUAUAAAUGAAGACGAUGAUGAUUCAGUCAAGACAAUAGAAGAAAAAUCAAAACGAUCCAGCUCUAAAUCAAACGAUGAUCGUACAUCAACGGAAAGUAUUGAACGUAGAGGCUCCAAGAAACGUAGCAAAAAUGAAGUGGAUGGUAUGGAGAGCCCCGAACAAGAUAAACGACAGAAAAGAAAUGCAUCAGUUAAAGCACAGAGCAUUAUUAGCAAACAGGUGAAUGUAAACCUCACUCAGAAACUUCGUAGAGAAGACUCCAAUGAGAAAUCCGGUAGAAGCCGUCGUCGGGGGAAAGAGGAUGACAAGGAAAAUGCAGAACCCAUUCCACUUGUACAAGUCAAACAGGAGAAGAUCUCCCUGCCACCCGAGCCGAUGGACCUGGAAUGUUUGCCGCUGAAUGUCGAAGUGAAACGAGAAGUGGACAAGGACGAGUUGGCCAUGCCGCCGCCCUUCGCGCCCGUCCCCAAACCACGUAAAGCUGUACCUAAAGAAAAACCAGAGGAGGUCCCAGAAGAAGAAACUUCAGGAAGACGAAGAACUACGCGAACAAGGAAACAGACUGACACAUUGCCUUCACAACCUGCAUCAAACAGAUCAACGCGAGCAAGCUCCCGGUCGGCAAAACAGACCGACACCGAAGAGACUCAGCCCGCGGAAGCUAGACCGAAACGCACCAGAGCUAAAAAAGCCGCUGAGCCAACAGCUGCUGACACUGAAAAAGAAAUUGAAACUCCAGUACAAAAUGAAACAGUUACAGCUUCUCCAGCUGAAAAACCAAGGACGAAACGCACUCGACGAAUCCAAAAGCCUGCUGAAAAAGAAACUGAAAAGAUUGAAGAAGCGCAACCUCAACCAGAAAUAAUAUCUCCAAAGGAAGAAAGGAUAUCACAGCCGGAAGUCCAUUCGCCCGUACUGCCAAUGAUCAAGAAGACAAAUGACACAAAACUUAAAUUACAAGAGAACCUAAUCAAAAAAGUACAAAAUGAAACUACACAUAAACAUACAAAUGAAAUAAAUAAAAAAGAUACAGAGUCCGCUAGUGAUGAAACAGAUAACAUAAAUUUGGAUAAAACGAAAGUAAUCAGUGUAGCGAUGAAUGCGACGGUUGUGAUAUCCAAUGACAUGGAUAAAACUGUUGUUCUUCCCAAUGGUGUUUAUAACCAUGCACCGGUUACACCCAAAAAUGUGGGUCAAAUGAACGAAACAGUUGUGUUGGAAACAUGUAAUACGACGGUUGUUUUGGACAAACCACAAACAAAUGCAAUAAUGGAUUCCACAGUUGUCAUCGAUAAAGAUCCAAAAGUAACAAAUGUAACGGAAGAUAACUCGUUGUUAACUGACGACAGUGACAGUAUAGAAGUCCAGACCCCACCUAAAAUACCACCAUUGCCGCAACCCACGUCAGCUGUUAAAGAAAAAGUGCAGCAGUUUGAAGAACUGGCUACCAGAGUGACCAGAACGAAGACGAGAGCUAUGGCUAAAAAGGAGGAAACUACAGAGCAAACACCUCCAGACAAAGUAUCCAAAGUUAUUCUCUCAACUGAGACAUUGACUAAGAUGAACAGUAUGAUCUUCAAUGGGAAAGUAACACAAAUAUCGAGUUCUGCAACGAAGCCACGUGCAAACGUAAUGUCUUCAACCAAAAUUCCGUCAUCGACUUCGAAACUAAGUGCUAUCAAUAGAGCCAGAGAAGCAGAAGAGACCCAGAAGAAAGAAAAGGAGGAUGCCAGAAGUAAAAAAGAAGCACUUCUGGAAGCAAAGAGAGAGUUGCAGAAAAAGCGGCGCGAGGAGAAGAUGGCGGCGGCGGCGGCGGCGCGCGGCGCGGCCGAGCGCGAGCGGCGCGCGCUGCUGCAGGCCGCCGCGCGCGAGCGCCAGGAGAAGCAGGCGCACGCCGACCUGGGCAAGCUGGAGCGCCAGCGGGAGGCCGAGCGGAAAAAACACGAGCUAGCACGUAAAGUAGCUGAAACGGAGGAGAGACGGAGAGCCGAGGAGCAAGCGAGACAGCAACGGCUCGCUGAUGAGCAGAAACGGGCGGAAGCUGCGAGAAAAAAGCAAUUAGAAGAAGCGGAGGCUAUGAAGAAAGAGGCCGCAAUAAUGGCUAAGGAAAUCGAGAGGAGACAAAAGGAGUUCAUGGAGAGACAAAAGAUGAAACAGAGAAUGGACGGAGAAAAAAUCCUGACACCACUAAAAAGCGCACCGGCUCUGGAUCCCGUAUACAUGGCUGACGGGUUCCAAUACCUCAACUCUGAUGAAGACGAAGAGCCCCCAGAACGACCUGCACCCAUCUGGUCUACAUCAAAGGCCCGCCGUCAACAGCUCAUAAUCCAGGCGCGCAUCGCCAGCCGGCACGUGGACAGGCUGUUCUCUGUCCGCGCGCACACGCCGGACCUUCGCGAGAUCUUCCCCGACAUCGAGCGCGCCCGCCUCAAGCGCACCUCCUCCGCCGUCUGGCGCAGCCCCGUGCGACCGCUGCCGGCCGUGUGGGAGUGAAGAUACUUAGACAUAUCUACACGAGUCGCUGGCGGCGAACUGUAAAUAUUCUAAUGUAAUGUUUAUUAACAGUGUUACUGUGUUAAUGUAAUAAGUGCGAUCAUGAACUCGACUUGACUGUUGCUGCACCCAAUAAACGUAUUUAAUAUUGGUUCUAUUUUUAUUGUUUACAUUUAUUUGUUAAUUAUUAUCAACUUUAUAAUAUAAUCUACAAGAAAUAACUAAGGCAAUUAUAUGUAUAGCCUAUUCCAACUACUAGGAGUAAAGAUAUCAUUGGACAGGUCAUGUAAUCUAUAGUAAUAUGGAUUCGUGAAAAAAUGGCGUAUCGAAUGUGUUCGAAGUUGAUUAUCAAAAAUUUGUUAGUAUUAUUAAGGUGGAAUUUAUUAUAAAUAAAGAUAUAUUAAUCAAGAGCCGUCUGUUAAACAUAAUAUAGCAAACCUGUUAGCUAAUCGCAUGGAAUAUGUUAAUCUAAGCUUUGUUAAUCUUUACUCCUUCGAUUGGUCAAAGCUAUAUAAUUGUAAUGUGUGGCUUUCGUGUCAAGUGAAAUUCGUUUUAUGUAUACAAACAUGAAUUACUUUUAAGAAAAGAUAUCUCGUAGGCUAGCGAGUUGUUUGCCUAAUCCAAAAAGUUAAAAAAAAUAUUGUUACCUACCGUGUUAAGUUUUAUCAUUAUUUGUAUUGUCUACGAUGAUAGUAAAGGCUAUGUCGAUUAAAGACACGUGAUCAGAGUGAAAAGUUUUAGUAUUACAUUACAUACAUUUUUCCAUCCAAAUCUUACAUAUAAAACUUUGCCCUGUAAUUCGAACAAGUUUCUCAUAAAAAUUUAGACUUAUGUUAAUGUAAUUCAUACUAAUUUUUUUAAUUGGUGUGCAAGGCAUUUGGCCUUGCACACCAAACAAAAAUUUGCACCCAAAACUGAAAGUAUUGAUAUAAUUCUAUAACCUAUCUUUGAAUUAGAUGACGAUAACACACUACACACGAAAACUUGAUCAAAAAAUUGAUUUCGACCAUAUAGAAUUUUAAUAUAUAGACAAAUACAUUUAUGUUACUAUAUUUAGGUUAUUUAAGGUCUUGAUAAGAAAUUUAAUUUUUGACAAAAUUUAUUUUAAGUAAUUAAAAUUUAUAAGAUGUUGUAUCUGACCAGUGGUAAAAUAAACACAUCUAUUAGUACAUACAAUGUUAAAUUUAUAUAUCGUCAACCUGCUUUACAAACAACAAUUUUUUUUAUUUAUUUCCUUAAAAUCUCGUAACACAAUGAAAAAUGUUUACGGCGCUAAUAUCUAUGGCCAGUGGUGACCACUUACCAUCAGGUCGCCCAUUUAAGCAUCUGCCUAACAAAGUUAUAAAAAAAGAAUAUGUUUGCCAUCAUGUGGUAUACUUAUUUUAAAUUUGAUUUUAAGACUUCCACAGGAAAGAACAUGUUUUACAGCUUAAAUAACUUUAUUUAUUUUUUUAAAUGGUAUAUAUCAGGUGACGGUAGACUAAUUUAACACAAUCUUUAAAAUAUGGUACAGGUUAAAAAAGGAAUAUAACAGAGUAUCCUAUUUGUUAAGAUAACUUCUAUCGUCAUGAUUGAUCGAUAUAGUAUAUAGUUAAGGACAUUUUAAUUCCAAUGUGACUUAAGAAAAUUUAAAAAUAUUUGCAAACGAAUGGUAAAACUGCUUGCGUGUAUGUCACGUGCCAAACUUGUAUAUUUUUUUAAAUUAAGACUGCUAUGUAUUUGAGAGUAUCAUAGAAAUAAAAAAUUACACUUAGUAA